AACGGAGUCAUUCUGGGUUGAACUGAUCACCGAGUAUUUUGUAACACCACACAGGAUAACGAUUCUGGGUACUCCAAGUGCUGAAUUAUCAGAGAAGAUGGAGACAGAGGAGAAGGAGAGGAUACAGAAGCAAAGAGAAGAGUUGAAAGAGGAAGGACUGAAGGAGAAAAAGGAAAUACUUGAAGACUCCAUUAAGCAGAAUGAGGCCCCUCCCCCUGAUGACGUGGUUAGUUCCUUGCCUGUUCCCUCCACGGAUUCUAUCUCAUUCCAUCCCAUAAAUGUCCUCGCUAAUCACAAUGUGGGUGGGGCUUCUGAGACACCAGAAGGCGGAGUCUCCGAAAUGUUGAAUAGAUUUCCGGUCGGAAAAUUGUCAUUUUUCUUACAAGUUAAUUGCAUUAAAACGAAAUUUGUGGAGUUUUCUGCUGUUCUGGAUACUAGUGGUUUGCCGAAAAGACUACGAUUUUAUUUAUCACUUUAUUCUGAGCUUCUCUUUGAAUCACCAGUUCUGAGAAAUGGAGAGCUGAUUCCUUAUGAAACUGUUGUGAAGGAGCUUCAAGCUAACACAAUAUCUCACUCCUCAUGUCUUGGUAUCAGAGGAGGGGGCAGGUUCAUGCCAGGACAGUAUCCUGAUGCUCUGUUAAUAUCAAUAAA